AUGUAUACCGAUAACAGGAUCAAAGUCUACGUGGCAGACAGAGACCUGAAGGGCGCCCAGGCAGUGGCCGAAGAGCUGAACAGAGGGGGCGACAAGGCUGUCUGGACGGUUCAGGCCGAUGUUGCAGACUGGGACUCCCAGCGAAGCGCGUGGGAAGCCGCCGAAGCUGAAUUCAAGCGUAUCGACUAUGUCUUUCCCAUUGCCGGCAUCGGAGAGACGCGAGCAUUUCCCAACAGGCCAAACUCCACGGGAUAUGAGAAGCCUGACCUGAGCGUACUCGAGGUCGACUGCAUCGCUGUCAUCUACUCGGUCUCCCUGGCAGUCCAGCAUUUCCGCCGCCAGCAACCCAAUAAAUAUGGCUUCAAGGGGAAAAUCAUGCCGGUGGCCUCAGUCUGUGGCUUCUAUAUCCACCAAACCGUACCAAUAUAUACGGCGGCAAAGCAUGCCGUCGUGGGACUCGUCCGUUCGUACGGCAAGAUCCUCGCCGAGGAGAAGAUCACGCUCAACGCCGUGUGCCCUAACAAGAUCCGGACGGGCAUCUCGACUGCUGCCAUGUACGACAAGGCCGAGAAGCUCGGUGUCCUGGUGCCCAUGGAGAAGCUUCUGGAGGCGUUUGAGUCGUUACUGGGCGAGAACCCCAUGUCGGGAGAGUGCCUCGAAGUCGCGCCCAAGCUCGGCGUCCGAGUCGUGCAGUUUGUGCCCUUCAUCAACGAAGAGUCGCGGCUGAGUGCUGAGACGACCUAUGAGCGGUCCCAUUAUCUCCAUGAGCCAGUCACAGAUGACAAGGUUUAG